UGCUACCAAACUUUUGUACCUACAUACAUAUAAAUAACAAACCAGAAGCUUGAUUAAAACUUAUCUUGUUUUCCAACAUUUUUGUGUCCAUGGAUUUAUCAACAACGGACUAACAUAUCUGGUUUACAUGACAGUGCCAUUUAUUUAGGUAAUCUUGAUAGUGAGUGCAAAAUAAAAAUUAUCAGUCAGUGCCUGGCUAUCGCAAAGAUCGGACGUGAACUCUAUUUUAUAAUCACAUGCGUAAAAUUGAUUUUAUUGUGUUUAUAGAAAAAGUAUCGAUUAUUGAGGACUGUAUUUUUGGAUCAAACUAUUUUCGGAUAAAACAAUACUGACGAAGGAUUGUUCAUGGUGAGUGCUCAAAUAAAUGUGAAAUGAUUAAACAAAUGAAUUAAACUCCUUUAGAAUUUAACAUCAAAAGAGAAUAUAAGAAAUAUUACAAUAAUUCAAUUGCAAAAAUGAAUAACAUAGACUUCACAGAUAAAGUAGUUAUUGUAACUGGUGCCAGUUCAGGUAUAGGAGCUGAGACAGCAAAAUUACUAGCUUUAUACAAAGCUAAACUAACUUUAGUCGGUAGAGAAGAUGCCAGGCUUACGAAGAUCGCUCAAGAAUGUGAAACUAGAAAUGGAAUACCACCUUUAUGCUUACUCUUAGAUCUUACAGUAGAUUAUAAUUGCAAACUGACAGUGGAAAAAACAGUACAAACAUACGGACGAUUGGAUGUAUUAAUUAAUUGCGCUGGAAAAAUGAAAGUAACGUCACUGUUUGAUCAAUCGAUAGAAUUGUUUGAUGAAAUGAUAGCUAUAAAUCUACGUGUGCCGUACUUGUUGACUCAAUUGUCAUUGCCACAUUUGUUGAAAAGCAAAGGAAAUGUUGUUAACAUUGGAUCUUCAUUAUCUAAAAGACAUCGCCCUGGAUUUUUAGCGUAUAAGAUAUCAAAAACAGGCCUGGAUAAAUUCACAAAGCAGGCAGCAGCAGAACUAGCAUCUGAAGGCGUUCGAGUAAAUUCAAUAAGUCCAGGUGUAACAAGAACAAAUAUAUUGAACAAUUUAGACGUAAAUGGUGAAUUGCAGACUAUAAUUUAUGAUGCUAUAGCCGAGAAUCUACCACAGCGUACUGUGAUUGAACCCAAAGAAGUGGCUAUGCUGAUCGCUUUGACAGCUAGUGGUAUGUUCCCACACUUAACUGGAUCGAAUUUUGUUGUCGAUGGCGCUUCUAGUAUGUCAUAGUUUUAGUGAUAUUUCAAUGUAACAUUAUAAAUUGUAAAAAUUAGGUUGAUUUUAAAGAUGAUAGGACUCGUAAUAAGUACGGUUCUUUAACUCCUGGAAAUUAUUAUGAUUUUGAUAUGUUUUUGUGGGUGUGGAAUAAAUUACUUUGGAAUAAGUAUGUAUUUGUUUAUUUAUAACAAGUAUUUUUUCAUAAACCAAUUGAUUUUGCGACAAGAUGAACGGACGACCUGAGA